ACUCUGAUCAACUCCAAAGCUCUUUAUGGAUUCCUUCUCAAGGAUUUAUAAAAUGCUCUUAUUGGUCUUAUUUCAUAUUUCUUAUAGUCAUGUGCCAAGGUUCAUCUAUACUUUCUGGUUACUUUCGUAUGCGCUCCGAUAAGUACUUGUCUGACAUAUUCGUUACUGUUCGUCUUCUAACUUAUUCGUUUGGUUGUGCUUCCAUGUUGCCCGGGUAUGGAAUAUACGGUCGAACUUUGAUAAAGUUGACAAAACGAAGCUUUGAAUUGAUUGAAGAAGCUCAAAGAAAUAAUGAAAGAUUUAAGUGGCAAAUACGAAAAAUGCAAAUGUUCAACCAUUCGGCACUCUUCAGCUUCAUAUUUUGGUCUGUUGCAACAUUUGUUGUAGCGGUUUGGCACGAUUUAGUCUGGUCAACCUUAGCAUUAUCAAAAUUUCAAAUUAUAAUGGCAUGCCCAGUAACUGUUUGUUCUUACAUUGUUGCAAUGAUUGUGAUUGCUCUAAG